AUCUGGGCCAGUGUCUUUAUAGUUGCCUCUCCUGCCAGCUAAGCACCUGGCUACAUUAGUACAUAUGGAUCACUUUACCAGGACAUCUGCAGGAAUAGAUGGUGGUGUUUUUGUGUUUUAACUAAACAACAGAAGUGUCUUAUCCAUCAGAUUGCUCCAUCAGAAUAGGCAGAUCUGAUAAAACGUACUUAUCAGUAAACAAAACAAAACUGAAAUUCCACCAAUUACAUAAACUGCAUAGUUUCAUAAAAUUGGCAUUUUAUCUUAUUUUACUGCAUACAUAACAAUAAGCUAUCUGAAUAAACAGCAGUAAAAGUGACAGUAUAAAUAUAUCACAAACUGCCAUUUCUGUGAAUGUAUAAAAUAACCAGAGCAAAUAAAACUUCAGUGACCAGUUAAAAAAUGGACUGGCGGUGGUUGGUUGCUGUGAUCAUCAUACUUCAAAUGCUUUCCUCUUCAAAAAGUUCCAUGGUUACACUUAAAGAUGGUGGCUAUGACAAUAUCAUAAUUGCAAUUCACCCAGGACUGCCUGAAAAUGCACAACUCAUACAGCAAAUCAAGGACAUGGUGAAUGAAGCCACCCAAUAUUUAUUUAAUGCCACACAGAAGAGACUUUUCAUCAGGAGCGCCAAAAUACUAAUUCCAAUGACCUGGUCUAAUGGGAACUAUACCAAGCGAAAGACAGAGACAUAUGACAAGGCAGACAUUAUUAUUGCCAACCCUUACCUGAAAUAUGAAAAUGAUCCAUAUACUUUACAAUAUGGAGGCUGCGGAGAGCCAGGAAAAUAUAUACAUUUUACACCUAAUUUUUUGCUGGAUGAGAAACUGCUUUCAGUAUAUGGACCCCGAGGAAGAGUGUUUGUUCAUGAAUGGGCUCAUCUACGGUGGGGGGUCUUUGAUGAAUAUAACUUUGAAAAACCUUUUUAUGUUUCAACUGACAAUAAAGUUGAAGCAACAAGAUGUUCCCGUAAUAUUUUUGGAGUAUAUAUUAAAAAAUCAGACCAGUGUCAAGGAGGUUCCUGUGACACACGUCCAUGCUAUUAUGACUCUAACACUGGUCUCUAUGAGGAGGGAUGCAUGUUUGUGCCUGAUAAGUACCAGCAGGUCAAACAAUCCAUAAUGUAUCUGCAGGCAUUACCAUCAGUGUUUGAUUUUUGUAAUGCUGAUAAUCAUAACAUUGAGGCUCCUACGCUACAAAACAGAAUGUGUAAUUUGCGCAGUACAUGGGACGUCAUUAUUAACUCCACUGAUUUUAAUUCCACUUUACCUAUGGAUAAUUUCAAUAUUCCUGUUCCCUCAAUCUCAUUGAUACAGUAUAGAAACAGGGUGGUUACUCUGGUGCUUGAUGUUUCUGGAAGUAUGGGAAAUUAUAACCGUAUUCAACGAUUAUACCAGGCAGCAGAAAUCUUUGUUAUACAGAUCAUUGAAGUUGGAUGUUACGUGGGAAUUGUCAAAUUUUCAACAUCUUAUGAAAUUGCAACUUCACUGAUGCAAAUUAAUAAUGAUCAGGAUCGAAAGACUCUGAAAUCCUUUCUUCCAACAAAAGCAGAUGGAGGAACAGAUAUAUGUUUAGGAGUUCUGACUGGCAUUGAGGUUAAUAAAAAGUUUGAUGGAUCUUCACAUGGCACUGAAAUAAUCCUGUUAUCAGACGGGGAAGACAAUAAAGACACCUCACUAUGUUUCAAUGAUAUAUAUAAAAGUGGUGCUACCAUAAAUUUUAUAACUCUGGGACCAGAUUAUACCAAAUCACUAUUUGACAUAGUUAAAAACACAGGAGGACGACAGUUCUUAGCUAAUGAUAAUGUUGACACUACAUUACUGAUUGAUGCAUUUACAGGGCUUUCAUUUGAAAAUGGGGAUAUUACACAACAGUCUAUUCAGCUAGAAAGCAAGGCAUCAAUCCUUAAACCAGGAGACUAUUUGAAUGGCAGCAUAUUUAUUGACAACACAAUAGGAAAUUAUACUUUCUUUGUAGUAACUUGGGAAAGUGCAUUACUAAAUAUUAGUUUACAAGAUCCCACAGGACGUAUAUAUACAGCAGUAAAUUUCACCAAUGAUACAGUCUCCAAAUCAUCAAGGCUUGAAAUUCCAGGAACAGCAGAGAGGGGACAAUGGGAUUACAGUCUGUGCAACACUUGGACAUAUAAUCAAUCCAUAAGUUUAAUUGUGAAUUCAAAAGCAGCUGAUGAAAAUGCACCUCCAAUUACCGUCAAAGCCCAUAUGAAUACAGAUAAAAAUGUUUUCCCUUAUCCAAUGGUGGUUUAUGUGUCAGUGAGUCAAGGUAUGUUACCAGUGAAGGGCGCAAACGUCACAGCGAUUAUUGAACCCGAGUCUGGAGCACCCACUACCCUGGAACUUCUGGAUAAUGGAGCAGGUGCUGAUAUCGUGAAGAAUGAUGGAGUGUAUUCAAAAUACUUUACUGCUUUUAGGGUUGAUGGGAGACAUAGCCUAAAAGUGCGAGUUAAAGGUGUAGAGGGUAAAAGCCGCUUGACAUUGCGCCAAAGUCACGCACUGUAUGUUCCUGGUUAUAUAGAAAAUGGUACAAUCACUUUGAAUCCAUCAAGGGUAACAGCUGAUGAUGAUGGUCUCAAUCUGGGGGCAUUCAUUAGAACAGCUUCAGGUGGAGCUUUUGAGGUGACUAAUGCCUCAUUAUAUCAGCAAAAUAUCUUUAAACCUGAAAAGAUAUCAGAUUUAGAGGCUAAAAUAGAAAACAAGCGUAUCUACCUCUUCUGGACAGCCACUGGUAACGUUUUGGAUGAAGGAACAGCUUCAGAGUAUGAUUUAAGAAUGAGCCAAAGCCCUAAAGAUUUUAGAGACAACUUUUAUGAAUCAUAUAAGGUUAACAUGACCAGUGUCAACCCACAGUUAGCUGGAUCAAGGGAAUCAUUUUCAUUUGUACCACAAAAUGUACCUAUUUCAAAUGGAACAAUUCUAUUUUUUGCAUUAGUUGCUAUUGAUAAUGUCUCUAAGAAGUCAGACAUAUCAAAUAUUGCCCAGGCAGCUCUCUUCAUUCCUCCAACACCAGAGGCAGCUACAACACCGAAGAAAGCAACCACACCAAAGGGAGCAACCACACCAAAGGGAGAAAACCAUGCUGAAGAACCAAAUGAACAUGAAAAUGAAGAGGGACUUAAUUCUUCUGCAAUACUCGCUAUAGUGUGUUCAACGGCCAUUCUAAUAUGGAUAAUUAUAUAUAUUAUUCUUUGCUUUGUGAAAGUUUGUAGAAAAUAGCUGAAUGAGUGGACAGUAGUGAACAAUACAUUUAAAGUGCACUUAAAGCGGAGUUCCACCCCAUUUUUAGUUUAUUAAAAGUCAGCAGCUACAAAAAACAUAGCUGCUGAC